CGCGCGCACCGAUCGUUCCAACCAGAUAAGCAGAAGCAAGCAAGACACAUAAUCACUGCACAGUGCACAGUCCUUCGUAGCACAUCGGCUUCCAAGUUCCAGAAAUCUCCUAGCUCUUUUCUGCCUUUCAGUUUUUCACUUGCCAUAACGUGCGCAAUGGCUGCAGCCGCUGCCCCCUUUGGUCUUGUGAGCCGCCUCUCCCCGGCCGCGCGCCUGCCGAUCCGCGCUUGGAGAGCCGCGAGGCCGGCGCCGCUUGGGAUCACGUCGACCGGGAGGACCCGCCCGCUCUCCGUGGCCUCCGCGGCGCAGGAGAACAGGGACAUCUCAUCCCUGGACGUCCAAGUCAGCCAGAACGGCGGCAACCAGCAGGGCAAUGCCGUCCAACGCCGCCCACGCCGCGCCGGAUUUGACGUCUCCCCGUUCGGGCUAGUGGACCCGAUGUCCCCGAUGCGGACGAUGCGGCAGAUGCUGGACACGAUGGACCGGCUGUUCGACGACACUGUGGGGUUCCCCACGGCGCGGGGGCGAUCACCGGCGGCGAGCGAGACGCGGAUGCCGUGGGACAUCAUGGAAGACGACAAGGAGGUGAAGAUGAGGUUCGACAUGCCGGGGCUUUCGCGGGAGGAGGUGAAGGUGUCGGUGGAGGACGACGCGCUCGUCAUCCGCGGCGAGCACAGGAAGGAGGCCGGCGAGGACGCGGAAGGCGGCGACGGGUGGUGGAAGGAGCGCAGCGUGAGCUCCUACGACAUGCGCCUGGCGCUGCCCGACACGUGCGACAAGAGCCAGGUGCGCGCCGAGCUCAAGAACGGCGUGCUGCUCGUCACCGUGCCCAAGACAGAGACGGAGCACAAGGUCAUCAACGUGCAGGUCCAGUGAGUGGUUUUCUGUUGAGCCGCCUGUGACGGUUUCCUGAAAUGUUAGGUGUUCCGUGUCCGUCGUGUGAGCUGAGUGCUUCUUGUAGUAUAGUGCCGUUGAGUUCCUCUCUGCGCGCUCUCGUUGUGCAGAAUAAUGUUAUGUAGCGCUGUAUGCAAAUAGUCGUCGGCAGAGCAAUGGAAUAAUGUGAGGUAUGGUUGGUCGUGGUCGGCUGCAUGAUCGCCUGUUACCUCUCGAUUACAUUUUGAAUUGUCUGUUGUUUUUUUCCA